AUGUCGUCGGCAACAAGCCCGUCUCCCCUGCCUCGACCCGAAUCCUCCGACCUUGCUGAGGCCGCGCCGCCACCCUCUUCUCCACUAGGGCAAGGCGACGUUGAGACGCAAGCUCUUCUUCUCUACUACGCGUCGGAAGGCCGAGAUGUCGUCGGAGGCGGCGACAUCACCUCCGACGAUGUCGCGAUGGUUGCGAUAGAAAACAAGGGAGGAAGAGUUUAUAGAAAUAAUGAUUGUUUCGAUAAUAUCUACCUGCCGCAUCGCACGGGUAACUACACUAGUAAUGAACGAUACGGUGCUAGUGUGAUUCCUCGAGAGGAUCCUAAUUGCUGCCCUCCAACGCCUAUACAGGCUGUUGUUUCUGUCAGCCAAAAUGGACGGUUGAAGCACUUCGGGCUGUGGCAUCACCUUCCAGACGGACGCUGCGGCGAGGCGGAGGAGAGACGGACGGGGAGAAUGAUUUUAAGGUCUGCCGUAGCAUCGCCGCCGCUGCUGCCGCCGCCGGCGGUGAGGGGUCGUCCGGCGCCGUCCGUAGGGCGCAGGAAGACGGCGCCCUCCGUGGUCGCUUGCGGUAACCACGACCUAACCCGAACGCAGGAGCUGCGGACCCAAAUCCACCAACUCCACUCCGAAGCCGAGCUAAUACGAUCCAAAGCAAAUAAUGCAAGAUUGAGACUUAUGCGGUUGAGUGAGACAGCUGAGAAUCUAAAGAGAAGAGCUGCCAUGAGCGUCCUAGCUGGUAAAGAAGGUGAUGCGAGGGAGCUACUUGUACAAAAGAAGAAGUUGAUGCAAGCCUUGGAAAAAUCAAAAAGCCGCAUCGAGGUGCUUGAUAAACUUUCGGCAAAAAUUAAUGAGGCAAUUUCUCUGAAAGAAAGCAAGUUGAUAGAACAUGUCGCCAUGCAACGUGAAAUCACUCAGAAAGAUUCCAGUCAUCAGAUUCGAUACGCCCCCACUAAGUCUCAUGUUGGUGAAGUUGCAGACAAAGCAAAGGAUUCUCUGGCUGCUAUCCUGCAAUCAGCUGAAAAUUACUCUGUUGAAGUGAGAAGUCAUAGCGCAAAUAUUGCUGCCAACUUUGAGAAACAGGAUUUUGAUGCUUCUGAAAACUCCACAGAUUCUGAUAUUGAUAAUGUGGUCGGCAGUUUAACCGGCCUAUCGUCAUAUAGGGAUUUGCUUGAACAAAUUGACACGCAACUACAUGUAGUGGUAUCCAAUAUAGAAGAGUUCAUGAGUACCGAAUUAUCAAUACAAAGUGAUCAGAAUCAGAUGAAAGACCAACUGCAGAAAUUAUCAGAAAUUUUAAACAAUGUACUCUGCAUCAGAGGAAGGAUUGCAACCAUCAUGCAGACACUAACAGAUAGCAGCUGAACCUCAAAUUGUGCGAGCGGACAGGCGCGUAAUGAUAUUAAUGGGUCAAUAAGAACAAGUCAAGAGUUGCAAAAUAAAUUGAAUUUGGAAGGAGGGGGCGAAACAAAUGAACAUUGUUUCUCAUUUAUCGAGCUUCUGAUUCUUAUUUUCCAAUCAGCACUGCAAUGCAUAAACCAGUAGAAAGGUCAUGUUUAAAUUAGAGUAUAAUAUGUUUACAUAAAUGCAUAGUAGCAAUAAUUGAACUUACAAUUAUAGUUUGUGUAUUAUAAAGCUUAAUGCCAGGCUUUUUUUGCAAUUGGCCCCCUGGAAAAAAUUAAUUUUAAAAA